AUCAAAGCCACACCAUCCAUUUGUUCUUCAAAAAAAUCCAGUCUUUCUCCAUCCUUUCAUCUUUCUUUCUUCUUCUAGUAACUGUGUUUCGAUUCUCUUCUUCUUGGAGCUAGCUUGAGCUCGGACUGUAAGAGCUGAAUUCUCAAGUUAUUCUGUGAUCGGGUCGACCCGCUUCGUUCUUUUGCAGAUUACUGGAAAUUUGCCGAGAUGGCAACUUCAUCAGUGUGCAUAGCAGGGGGGAGUCUGUUAUCCGCCCAUGGAACAAGACGUGCGAGCUUUGAUAACAAGGAGAUUUAUGGAAGGAAGCUUUUGUUUGCUUCGCGCUUGCCAUCGCUUAACAGAACUUCAAGGGGUGUUGUUGUGAAUGCGUCCGUGGGCCGUGAUUCUGUUCAAGGAAGAAGGGGCUUUUUGAAACUGUUGCUAGGAAAUGCAGGUGUUGCUGCUCCUGUGCUUCUCGGAGGUGGGAAAGCUAAUGCAGAUGAACAGGCGGUGUCCAAUUCCAGGAUGUCGUAUUCCAGAUUUCUGGAGUAUUUAGACAAGGGUAGAGUGAAAAAGGUGGAUUUGUUUGAAAAUGGAACCAUUGCCAUUGUUGAGGCUGUUUCCCCUGAACUAGGGGAUCGGGUUCAGAGGGUUCGUGUUCAACUUCCAGGGCUCAGCCAGGAACUCCUUCAAAAGUUCAGGGAAAAGAAUAUCGAUUUUGCUGCCCACAAUGCUCAAGAGGAUUCUGGCUCUCUGUUGUUUAACCUGAUUGGGAAUCUAGGAUUCCCGCUUCUCUUGAUCGGUGGUCUGUUCCUAUUAUCUAGGCGGUCUUCGGGAGGAAUGGGAGGUCCCGGUGGCCCUGGUUUCCCGCUGAACUUUGGUCAAUCCAAAGCCAAAUUCCAAAUGGAACCAAACACUGGUGUGACAUUUGAUGAUGUGGCCGGUGUUGACGAAGCAAAGCAAGAUUUUAUGGAGGUGGUAGAGUUCUUAAAGAAACCCGAGAGGUUCACUGCCAUCGGGGCUCGCAUCCCUAAGGGGGUUCUUCUUGUGGGACCCCCUGGUACGGGUAAAACGUUACUUGCAAAAGCCAUAGCAGGCGAAGCGGGUGUCCCUUUCUUCUCAAUUUCCGGUUCGGAGUUUGUGGAGAUGUUUGUUGGUGUUGGUGCGUCUCGUGUUCGUGACCUUUUCAAGAAGGCCAAGGAAAAUGCCCCCUGCAUUGUGUUUGUUGAUGAAAUUGAUGCAGUUGGGCGGCAAAGAGGGACUGGUAUUGGUGGAGGGAAUGAUGAAAGGGAGCAAACUCUUAAUCAGCUUCUGACUGAAAUGGAUGGCUUUGAAGGAAACACUGGAAUUAUAGUUAUUGCAGCGACUAAUCGUGCUGAUAUUCUUGACUCUGCUUUGUUGAGGCCAGGGAGGUUUGAUAGACAGGUGACUGUUGAUGUUCCAGACAUCAGGGGAAGAAAAGAGAUCUUGAAGGUCCAUGCCAGCAAUAAGAAGUUCGAUUCCAAUGUGUCUCUUGAAGUAAUAGCAAUGAGGACACCUGGUUUCAGUGGAGCUGAUCUGGCUAACCUCCUCAACGAGGCAGCAAUACUAGCUGGAAGACGUGGGAGAACAGCAAUCUCAUCUAAAGAGAUUGAUGAUUCAAUUGACAGGAUUGUAGCAGGGAUGGAAGGGACGACUAUGACAGAUGGCAAGAGCAAAAGUCUAGUCGCAUACCACGAAGUUGGCCAUGCAAUUUGUGGUACCCUGACUCCCGGACAUGAUCCUGUUCAAAAAGUCACACUUAUCCCACGAGGUCAGGCAAGAGGUCUGACCUGGUUCAUUCCGUCAGACGACCCAACUUUGAUUUCUAAGCAACAACUCUUUGCUAGAAUUGUUGGAGGACUCGGGGGACGAGCUGCGGAAGAAGUUAUCUUUGGAGCUUCCGAGGUGACCACUGGUGCUGCCGGUGAUUUGCAACAGACCACUAGUUUGGCCAAACAGAUGGUUGUUACUUUUGGGAUGUCUGAAAUUGGUCCUUGGUCACUCAUGGACUCGGCAGCUCAAAGUGCUGAUGUCAUCAUGAGAAUGAUGGCCCGUAACUCCAUGUCAGAAAGGCUUGCAGAAGACAUAGACGCAGCUGUGAAGAGGAUUUCAGACAGUGCUUAUGAGAUUGCAUUGAGACACAUCCGGAGCAACCGUGAAGCCAUUGAUAAGAUAGUGGAAGUGCUUAUUGAGAAGGAGACUAUGAGCGGAGAUGAAUUCCGUGCAAUUCUAGCUGAGUUUGUUGAGAUCCCCUCUCAAAACAUCCGUGUUCCUCCGGUGCUUCCAACCCCAGCAGCUGUAUGAUAAUUUGUAUACUUUGCAUUUUGUGAUUUCAAAGACAUUGCAUCCUUAAACGUAUUUUUUCUCUUUUGUAUAAAAAUCACUGCUUUGUAAUCCAUGUAACUAAAAUCUCUUAGAAAUAGAAUUUCGGAUUGCCAUAAACUAUAAAUAUUCUU